GAGCCUAACUGCGCAUGCGUGUAACAUGGUGGCACUAGCUGUACCAGUUGGGGAAGUUGUGGAAUAUUUAUCACAGUUUUAAUGAAGGAAAUGGGUUGUUGACGGAAGGAUUCGUGUAAGCUCCACACAGAGAGUGCGUCACACACAACCAGAAGGGGAACAUGUCCGCUAACGAGGACCAGGAGAUGGAGCUGGAGGCUCUUCGCUCCAUCUAUGAGGGGGACGAGUGUUUCAAGGAAAUCAGUUCAGUUUCCUUUCAGCUUAGGAUAGGUGACCUCGAGGACACCAAGGCGUUCAUCCUGGACCUUACUUGGCCUGAGAUGUACCCUGAAACGGCCCCUCAAAUCUCCCUUGAUGCCUUUUUCAACAAGAGAAUCUCUGCAGAGACAAAGCAGCUGAUCCUGUCAAAGCUGGAGGAGCAGGUGGAGGCCAACCUGGGCACUGCCAUGAUGUAUACUCUGUUUGAGUGGGCUAAGGAGAACCAGGAGGCCCUAAUGGAGAACCACAAGCCUGUAGUCGCUGUGAUGUCCAGCGGCGAUGGGAUGUCUGCCAAUACAGCCAAGAAGAAGGAGAAGAAGGAGCAGCUGACUAAAUCUCAGAAGAGGAGGAUCAUCAACAGAACAGAUCACAAAGGGGAAUUGCCAAGAGGUUGGAACUGGAUUGACGUCAUCAAACAUUUGAGUAGAACCGGAGGAAAAGAUGACGAGUAACCCCGAGAGCCGCCGCCUGGUGCUGCGUUGUACAAGGAGGCGCAGUGAAGACUGAACCCAGAGCAGCCGGUUGCUGCUGCCUUCACAUCCUUCAUCUUCCACAUUUAACAUGGCUGCUGUCCCCCUGAGAACCAAAGCAGGCUGGAUAACUGUGGACUUCAGGACACACACACACACACACACACACACACACACACACACACACACACACACACACACACACACACACACACACACACACACACACACACACACACACACACACACACACACACACACACACACACACACACACACACACACACACACACACACACACACACACACACACACACACACACACACACACACACACACACACACACACACACACACACACACACACACACACACACACAGUUCCAGCCACACUGAGACUUUGAGCUGAAUUAUUUGAAGCCCUUGUUGUGUUUUAUGCGUUGGUGGAAUGCAGCCAGGUGAAGAGGAGCACAUCAUCUCCUUUUGUUGCGCACACACACACACACACACACACACACACACUCACAUGGUUAGCGCUCAGAUAUUGUGCUCCGUCAUCCAUCAGGGUGGAGCAUGCUUGAGAUACUUGCUGUCACUGCCAUGUUUUCAGUCUUGAGAUGAGGCCACUGAAGCUCAACUAAAUGUGGAUUGUGGUUCUAAGCGGAUCCAGAGACAUUUUUAACAACACUCAAAAUGUCACCGUUUCCCUUUUUGGACAAUUGUUUUCUUUCCUGAUUUGAAAUUUGAAUUGAGAAACGCAAUUUUCUUUUAUAGAUAUAUACAUAUAGAUAUAUAUAUAAAUAAAAACGUAAUUGGUGUA